AUAUCGCGAAUCGCAUUCGCCAUUUGGUCUUCAUAGGCAAAGGAUCGAUCGUCGAUUCGCUCGACCAAGUCACGAAGGAAGUAACGAUGGAGGAUCCUCUUACAACCGCCAGCAUUUUAUUAGACACAACGGAGAAUCUCGAUCGCUUCACGUUCGGAUGGCUCGAUUACACGCUUUUCGGCCUGCUGCUGCUGGUCAGCGUCUUCAUCGGCGUAUACUUCGGCUUCUUCAGCAAGCAGGAUAACACGACGGAGUAUCUCUUGGGCGGCAAACGAAUGGGAUGCUUCCCAGUCGCGAUGAGUAUCAUCGCUAGCCACAUCUCGGGCAUCACCCUGCUCGGUAUACCCACAGAGGUCUUUCAUCAUGGGACACAGUACACCGCGUGCGUGAUCACGGCGAGCGUCACCGCCGUGGUCACCUGCUACGUGUUCCUGCCUGUGUUCUACAAACUGCAAUUGACCAGCACCUUCGAGUACUUGGAGGUCAGGUUCGCCAGGCCGGUCAGGAUCCUCUGCUCGGUGCUGUUCACCAUCUCACUCUUCACGUUCCUGCCCAUCGUCAUCUACGUGCCCGCGCUCGCUUUCGGACAAGUCAGCCAACUGAGCGUUCACACGAUAACACCGAUCCUCUGCAUCGUGUGCAUUAUUUAUACUAGCAUUGGUGGCCUGAAAGCAGUGGUGUGGACGGACACCAUACAAUUUUCUGUGACUGUUGGUGGACUUUUUACGAUUCUCGUGCUGGGAACAUUGUCUAUCGGCAGCGUGGGGGAAGUAUGGAGGAUUUCCGGCGAGGGCGGUCGUCUUAUCUUCUUCGACAUGGACCCGAGUCCGUUCUCGAGGAACACCUUUUGGGGUAUGAGCAUAGGUAUGACAGUUACAUGGCUUGGACAUCUCGGUAUUCAUCCGGGUGUGGUGCAGCGAUUCCUGUCGGUGCCUAGAGAGAUCGACGCCAAACACAGCACCGCGAUUACUGCGGUAGGAAUGAUUAUCGUUAAGUUGAUCUGUGUGUUCACUGGAUUGAUCAUGUUCGCCAAAUAUUACGACUGCGAUCCUUUUCUAACUAAGGUGAUAAGCCGCACCGAUCAGACUCUACCAUACUACGUGAUGGACGUUGCUGGACACCUGCCAGGACUUCCGGGAUUGUUUCUGGCGGGUCUGGUGAGCGCCGCGCUUGCAACCAUGAGCGCUAGUUUGAACACAGUUUCCGGUACCAUUUACGAAGAUUUUGUGCGUCCGUGGAUGCCGGACGGUCCCAAGAAGGAAGCGACAGCUACUACCGUUAUGAAGAUCAUCGUCGUGAUAACCGGCGCGAUCUCGGUCGGUCUGGUGUUCCUGGUCGAGCGACUAGGCCCGGUCUUUCAGAUAGCUGUGAGUACGCGUGGCAUAACCGACGGGCCCCUGCUAGGUCUUUUCGUGAUGGGGAUGAUGGUGCCUUGGGCAAACACAAAGGGCGUGCUGGUGGGCGGCUAUACCAGUCUUAUGUGUAUGUUCUGGCUCGUGGGUGGCACGCAGUGGUAUACCAUGCAGGGCAAGAUCAAGCACAGCUCCCUGCCUACAUCGGUGGACGGUUGUCCGUACCCUUGGAACGAAACUCUGUCGAGCACAACGGCAAUCCCCACCUCGACGAUCUCCGAUGAGGAGCCGAUGACGUUGUUUCGAAUAUCCUUUAUAUACUACACGAUGAUAGGAGCUGUAAUCGUCAUUGUCGUCGGCACCAUCGCGAGUUAUUUCUUUGGCAUGGAUCUGGAGAACGUAGAUCCGGAUCACAUCUCGCCGAUGAUGAGAAGGUUUCUCCCGCCACGGAAAUACGUCGAGGUCUCAUUGAGAGAAGUACCGCCGUCGCACGAUGCUGCCGGAUUGGAGAAAACCAAGUGAUCGGUAGUCCUGCCAGUCUCAGCAACUCGCGACUCGCGAUCGAUUCAGUGGGAACGUGCUCGACCUAAGGAAUCCUCGGUGGGCCGAACGACUGCAGCGUGUCGCCCCGAGUCGCCGGCGUUUCCGAAUCAUCUGACAGCCGGCUGCAACAAACAAGGGUAUUCCUUAUUGAUUAAUAGACGCAUGCGCUAGCUGUCCCAGUGGCACACACGCUGGAAUCGCGGUUGUUUUCGAUCUCUCAGUACCGUUUCCCCAGCGUCCGCGGAAGUAUCUCUCCUAUGUUUCCCCGCUCGGAAAAGCGACGUCGGGCGCCGGCAAAAGCGUUUCUCGAUCGUAUUUCAGCGUAGAAAGAAUCGUCAAAUUCAACUCAGCUUUGAGGAAGGAUGUAGCUGAUUAUUUUUAAAUAAAAGAUUUGUUGAUCUUUGAGACAAUCUAAUAAUAAAUCGACAAAUUUAAGAGAGAGA